GUCGGUUUCCCCAUUCCCAAGCUGUCCUUCUUUCCACCAUUCCUGUUUGCGACCAUCUGAGUCUCUGCUUUUAACAUUUACACAUACCUACCCCGCGUACCCAGUGGACAUCUCGAGUCAGAACAAUCGUCCUCACUUCCGGAAGAGGCAAUACAGAGACAAAAGCUGCGGAGUUGUCACCAGCAAUGGCUUCACUCACCUCAAAGUUUGCCAACCUCAAUCCCUUCUCCAAGAGGGCACCAGAGGACGAAGAAGAGCUUGGCGAUGCGACAGACAACACCACCUUGGCCGGUGGAGGCCACGCCGCCCGCGACUCAGACCUUAAGCACCGUCUCCGCGUGAGCCGUGCCAUCAAGUCCUUCCUCGUCGAUCAGAACGCCCUGUCCUCCAAGGAGGCAAACAUCGACUCGGAACAGCUCUCACCUGAGCUGCAGGCUCUCGUUUACAAGCCCCACAUCAGCGUGCCCCGCGAGCUUACUGAUAGAUCCCAUCCAUUGCCCGAGUACUUCAUCAGUUCCAGCCACAACACCUACCUCUUGGCCCAUCAGCUUUAUGGAAGCUCUUCGGCCGAGGCCUACGACGAGACGCUGCGUGCUGGCGCCCGAUGCGUCGAGAUCGAUGCCUGGGAUAACCCCGACAACAAGGACGAACCCAAGGUCACCCACGGAUACACUCUCGUCUCCAACAUUCCUUUCCGCACCGUCUGCGAGACCAUCCGCGAUGUCGUCGAUCAAGAAGCCAAGGAACCCCAUCCGGCUGCACCAAUUCUUCUGUCUCUCGAAAAUCACUGCGACCCCGAGGGUCAGCUGCGCCUGGCAUUCAUCAUGAGAGAGGUCUUUGGAGAUCGACUUCUUAGCAAAGCGAUCCGAGAAAAGGGCCAGGCAGAGCAAGACGGUCAGGCCAACCACGUCCGUCUCGAGGAACUCGGCAACAAGAUUGUCGUCAUUGUCGAAUAUCAUUUCCCUAGAGAGGCCGACGAUAGCAGCUCGAGCUCGAGUGAUGAUGACGAAGAAGAAAGGAAGGCCAAGAAAGACUACAAGGACAAGAAGAAGGCUGCGCCUGCUUCGCUGAUUGUCCCAGAAUUAGAGGCCCUCGGUGUUUACGCCCAAUCCGUCAAGCCUAUCAACAAUUCGUGGUUUGAAGAGGUUCUGCAGGACGCGCCGCACCAUCAUCUCAUCAAUGUCUCCGAGUCUGGGCUGGCCUCUCAUCUGCCCACGCACACUGACAAAAUUUCGCGCCACAAUGCUCACCAUCUUAUGCGUGUUUUCCCCAAAGGAACCCGUAUCUCAUCCAAGAACCUCCACCCCGUUCCAUUCUGGGGACUUGGCGCCCAGAUCUGCGCUCUCAACUGGCAGACCUUUGGAGCAUCGAUGCAGCUCAAUGAGGCUCUAUUCGCUGGUUCCGAGGGUUUCAUUCUCAAGCCCGCUGAGCUCCGGGCUGGUGGCUCGGGCCACCUCGGCAACGGAAGGAAGCGGAAGCUCCGUCUGCACGUCGGCGGUGCCACCGAUAUCCCCGUGCCAUCCGAUCGCGAUGAAGACGAGACGAUCAAGCCCUACCUGACAUGCACACUCGUACAUCCACAUGAUCUGGAGAUCAAGCCUCCAAAAAGGAAGACGGCCGGCUAUAAACAGCACAAGUUGACGGGUUUCUUGCACAAGGGCGAAAACCCGCCUCCCACCGACCCCUUAUGGGACGAGGUCCUCGAGUGGGAAUACCAGGACAACGAGAUGGUCUUCUUGCGGAUGCUCAUCAAGAGCGAUGACAGCUUCUCCAAGAACCCCAUAUUUGCUGUUGGCGCGGUGAGAUUGCUCUACACCAUUCCGGGCUGGGUGUUUAUUCGCAUGCUUGAUCUCAAGGGCAGAGAGACCAAGUGCUCCAUCCUCGUCAAGUUCGAGGUCGUUGACGCGGAAUAGCGGCUGUAUAUACGCUGAGUGUUAGGGAAACGCUUGGAGUUUCAUUAAUAUACCAUAAAUCUACUUUCCCCAC